CCUCUACUCACCGCACUGCACCGCAUCCGCAUCGCACUCAGUAAGGUAAGCGAGGUAAGGUAAGGAAGGUAUCGUCAUUCGGCGAACGAAGUGGGAUGGAUGCAUGGAUGCAUGGACGUGGGAUGUUUUGUCGCUGUGCGCUCUCUGAAGUACCUUGGACCUGGACCUGGACCUACCUACAUCUCGAUACUCCUUCUUGACUUCUUUGACUUCUUGAGCUCCGCAUUCAAUUAAUACAUCUCCUCUCAUCUCUGCAGCCUCGCCAGCACAUCGACUUUCGUAAUCAGCUCUUGCCCACUCGUUGCAACCAAAAAACCUUGGAACCCUACGCCCUGUAUUCUAAGUUAUUGUGCCCACUGAGCCAUCCACGACACCUUGGUUGCUUACCUAUGUACCUUAUAUGGACUGAGAUCACCACAUAGGACUCCGGUCACCCUCGCCCGCUCGAGCUCGUACCACCACCUCUUGAUCCCAGACCUGGUGGAAGUACACACAAACCUGCCAAUAUGAGCAAACGACAGUUCAGAGCCCAGGCUUCGAGCAGUCGAGUGGUGUCAGGUGCAGGUUUUGGAGGAUUUGGCUCGACAUCAUCCGGCACUACAUUAUCCUACUUGACCGAACCUCCGAUCCUGUCUGCCAUCAGUGAUGCCAAUGUGGUGGUAGCAUUCAAGAACCUGUCAAAGAAGGAUGGCACAACGAAAUCGAAAGCAUUGGAGGAUCUGCGGACAUAUGUUCAAGCACAUCCCUUCGAGCAGGAUGGUGGGGUGGAGGAUGCCGUUCUCGAAGCCUGGGUGCGCCUUCCAUGUUUUAGCCAUAAGGGCAUGAUAUUGAUAGCAAAAUACAGGUCAAAUUUUAUCCUCGUAUUUCCAUUGACAAUUCUCGUCGUGUCCGCGAACUAUCCCAUAUCUUACAAUUCGAGCUCUUGAAGUCCGCGCGGAAGCGGAUGGAGAGGCACAUACCCAAGAUUGUUGGUAGCUGGCUGGGAGGGACGUAUGAUAGAGAUAGAGCUGUAGCGAGAGCUGCAAAUGAUGGCACCAAGUCUUUCCUCGAUACACCGGCCAAGAUGGCCCUCUUGUACAGACGCUGCGAAGCAUCGAUUCUGGAUUAUGCACAAGAAGCUGUGGAAGAAACAGCACAGACGCUCAGUGAUGAACGAACUAUGAGUGCAGAUGACAUGCAAGCCAAAUACUUUCGGGUCAUUGGAUCUAGCAUAUCUCUUAUAUCCAAUCUACUAAGUACCUUGGACACGGACGCCAUUCACAAGCACCGUGAAAAGUACGAAGGAAUUGUAUCCGGCAACAAGAAGCUCUGGGCGUUUGCAAGCUGUGAUGAUGCAUUCGUAAGAAGAGCAACAGACCAACUGAUGCUGGUCUGUUUGGCAAAGCUACCAACGAUUAUUGAGUCAGACCUAGAAUUCGUCAGCCACUCAUUUAUUGCUGAAGCUCUAAAGUCAUCGCAGACUACAUCUGCAUUUCAGCUCCUAUCUCUCUUGGUAACACUGACCUCGAAAUACCCUGAAAUAUGGACAUCAUCUUACAAGGCUAAGAAAGGUCCUCUCUCAAGACUCCGUGCCUUCGUCGCAAAGGGUUCCCAGGGAGGACCUCCGGAUUAUUGGAUUAAGUUGGGCCAGCUUGUGCUCAGGCUUCCCGAUGAAGUGCUCCCUUCUGAACCCGGGCCUCUAUUAGAGUUUCUCGAUGCCUGCCGUCGGGGUGCCUCCAACAGAGAAGAGCCAAGAAUGAAUGCUGAUGUCGCCUGGGCCACCUACUUCAGCAUCAUGGAGCGUUUCAUUACUCUGUUACCUCCGGGAGCUGUACAAGAGAAGCUUUUGCCCAAAGGAAUAUUUCCCAUCUUUGGGCAGUACCUCUUUCCCGCUGUAGCCAACGAGACCUGGGUAAUUGGGGCCAAUACCUCAACGCUGGCUAAAGCACUUACCCUCUGCUGGUCAUCAAACACUGAUAAACAGGCUCUCGAUGGUGAGUGGGCGAGGCUCGAGAAGGAAUAUAGUUCGAAAAUUCUUACAUCAUUGCCUGAGCAGUCAAAAGAUUAUAAUGCGUCACAGGCUGCUGUCAUUGCACUUAGCCAUCGCUGGUUCAAGCUAGUAGCAGAUGUUCUCAAAACCGAGCAACACGAAGUUAGGGACCUCCUUGUUCCUUCGUCACAGCGAAUAAUUACAACGUGCCUGGGAUCGAUCACCAGUAGAAAUGGUAAACCGUACUCCGCCGCCGCCACGGUGGAGACCGCCCUAAGACUUGCACCAGCUCUCGUGGAGGAUUCCCCUGAGACUCUGACAGCCCUUGAGACAUUUCUCGAACAGGAGCUGCUGAAGCUGGUUCUAUCUCCAUCGGGCCCAUACUUGAUCUCCAUCCUGAACUUGUUCCGCAUCUUACCGUAUAAAGAAGCGACCUUUGAAAGGAUCUGGCAGUCAACGCUCGAUGGUCUCUUGGCAUUGCCUGAGGAUGGCAACCGAUCACAAAUGAUUGCGAAGCUGAUCGCAAGUGAGGCAGUUUCGAAGAUUUCUCAAGAAAAUCCUGGCCUUCAGGAAUUCCUUGUUCGAGGGAGUACCGAAGCUAUCCAAGGGAAUCCAGAGUGCAGGUCGUUAUUUGAAGCUGCCAUCGCAUUCGACAUAUUUUCAGCUGACGCUUCAAUGAAGGUACUGAAUCAAGUCCUCGCAGCUCUGGAUGCCAGGGACUCGAGCUUAGAUGGUUCUCUGGAAUCUCUUGAAUUCAUCUCCAAAAACCAGCCUAGCCUACUGAAUAAUCGGAGCAACAUCCACGUUAUACUGAUCACAAAAUUGCUAGGUUUGACUGAGAUAUCCGAUUUGAAACUGGCUUCUCGCGCCAAUGCUUUGAGGGAAAUUGUUGAGAAAUCAAGUAUCACUACCGAUUCAGAGACUUCUCGACAGAGCUCUCUUGUUCAUGUCAUCAGAGAGAAUCUCGAGACUGCAGUACCUCAGUCGUUAACGAUUGAGACACUCGUUCAAGAAGCGAGCAAAAUCAUUGCGAACGAUCCAAAUUCUCCUCACCCGGAGAUCUUCCCAAGCACGCAGCUGUGGUCCGAAGCUCUUUCUCCACUGUUUAGCCAAGCUCCAAAUCCAGCGCUCGGUGUCAUGAGACCUUUUGCCGGAUCUGUGUUCUUGGUGUCAAGGUCUUCAGCCGUCCCAACUACUCGGCCUGCGCGAGACAUUAACGGGUAUUCGGUUCCCUUACGAAUGGCCAUGUAUACGACAUCGCUACUCUUCUUCCAUGAGAAUCAUUCACUAUUACCAGAGGAAUUUGCAGUCGAACUGUACUAUCUCUUGACUUUAACCAGCGAGCUUGUGAAUGACCAGAUCGACUUGCUAGAAGACAAAGGUUUAUUCGGAUCCCAUCAAGAUCUUGAAGCAGUAACUGAAGUCAGGCAAUUCCUACGGAAUGCUCAUGAGAUCCUUGGGGACGUAGCAGGCAAUGCGAAUUCCUGGCGUGACCAAGUCACUGGGAAGCAGUCUCCAAGGGAUACUUCUGCUGUGGUUCACUUAUUGAUUUCGAGGCUUACCAAAACAUCAAGUUCCAGUACUUCGAAUGCCUACUAUGCUUCCAAAGCAUUAGGUGGCCUCAUCCAAGCCUUGGUGUCUGCCCAUGGCUGGCAAAUCGAUGGUAGCGAAGAAUGGCUUGCGAAGCUAGACAUCCUGAAAACUUCAACCAAUAAUAUUCUUGGCGCAUGCGCAGUCCUCAUUGGUCUCGAGGAUAGUCUUCGCUCAAGCAAGACGAUCAAUACGCUCUGCAACAGGCUCAUCAGCGACGUAGCAGGUGCCAAGUCGGAGUCUGAGAAAACUCUAGGUCUGCUUGUGUUAUUGAACUCAGUUCUGUCAGUCUACGAUGAAGAGGACUUACCUGUUGCAAAUAAUCGCGUAGUUUUUGCCGUCAAACAAAUUCUUUCAUGGACGGAAGACUUGGCAGAGACCAACCCUCGAUUGGCUUCCGAAGCUUGUCGCACGUUACAAAAGCUUCUUCCUGCCAUCAAGUAUGUCUACGGCACCUAUUGGGAAACUGCGUUUGAUUUCUGCGUCUCCAUAUGGGAAUCAAAGGGGGACAAAGCACUGUCAAAUGAGCGACUGCCGAUGAUUGGAAUGUCGCUAAAGCUAUAUUCCAUACUUCGAAACAUGGCGAAUGGCGAUAAUGAUGAUGUAAAAGAAGCGUUUGAUCUCUCCAAUGAGCGAGUCUGUGGUGGCUUGGUCAAGCUUCUGAAACUAGAUCGCUUGAAGGAGACUCAACCUCUUGAUUACGUCGAUGCAAUUCUGUCGCGAGAGGUUACGAAGAUACCUGAAGAUCGCAUCAAGGAUUUGACAGACUUCUAUCCUUUGCUUGCGUCGGACUUCCGAAUGAUCCAAUCUGCGGCUUUCGAUGUUCUUCAUAAGGCACUCCCUAAAGUUCAACAGGAACUCUCCGUCAAUGUCUUGCUGGAUGGAACAACUGCCCAGCUUCCCUUUGAACUACUCUCCCUUCUUCUCAACACCCCAUCCGUGCAAGAUAUUUCCGAAGCCAGCGAGUUCCCCUCCGCGAUCCGAGGCUACCUCCUUUCCUGGCUAAUUGUCUACGAAUCCUACACUACAGCCUCACUGAAAGUCCGCAACGACUACAGUGAACUCCUUAAAACCGAAAACUAUAUCGGCCCUCUCCUAGAUUUUAUGUUCGUCAUCCUCGGGCACUCGGAUGCCAAUCCACUCAACCUCGAACGCGCUCGAAUGGACAUCAGCAUGAUCCGUCACUACGACAUGUGGAAAGCAAACGAUUCGGAAUCUAGCGAGCGAAACAUGAACUGGCUCCUCGUCAACCUCUACUACCUCUGUCUGAACUACACACCUGGUCUAGUCCGCACCUGGUGGUUCAGCUGCAACUCGCGGCAGACCACUCUUGCCGUCGAUUCCUGGACGCAAAAAUUCUUCACACCGCUUGUGAUAGAUGACACGCUUGAAGAAGUCGAAAGAUGGGCAACGAACCAGGAACCUCCUGCUGAUGAUGAGAAGGAUCUCACUGUCAAGGUGUCGAAGCGGUCCAAGGAGAUCUUUGCGGGGUAUGAGGUCGAUGAGUUGAUCAUGCAGAUCGUGAUUCGUUUCCCCGAUAAUUAUCCUCUGGAGGGUGUCAAAGUUGAAGGACUAAAUCGUGUCGCUGUUACUGAGAAAAAGUGGUUGAGUUGGUUGAGAAACACGCAGGGUGUUAUAACGUUCUCGGUAAGUCUUCCCCUUUCACCCGCCCAUUCAUCACCCUUGCCUCCAGCCCAGAGGUAGACACGACGAACUCAAUAUCGACUGAUCGUCCCAACAGAAUGGAAGCAUAGUCGACGGCCUCACUGCUUUCCAAAAGAACGUCACUGGCGCCCUAAAAGGCCACACCGAAUGCGCGAUCUGCUAUUCCAUCAUCGGGCCCGACAAGAAGACUCCUGACAAGCGAUGCCAGACAUGCAAUAAUUUGUUCCAUUCCAAUUGUCUCUACAAGUGGUUCUCGAGCUCAAACCAGAGUACUUGUCCGCUUUGUAGGAAUCCAUUCAAUUAUGGUGUUGAUACGGCGAGGAGGAGGGCUGCUUAGGUUGAAGGGAGAGUGUUGUUUGUAUAUAGGGAGAUAUGAAGAGCGGUUACUCUCUGUCAAGGGGUCUUGGAUAAUUAUAUGUGCUGAUACAGGUCGCGAGGCUCGUCAUAACAUCCAGUAGCCAGCAUACAGCAUGUGGCGACAAGUUCCGGGCCAGGAAAGCUGGAUAGAAGAGGCCCAUUACCCAAUAAAUCAAUGUUAUAAGCCCUAGUUGCGAUAUUCGAUAGCCAAGAUACUCUUUCUAGUUACAGAUCCCGAUGCAUUCUUACGAAUAUAUCGAGGUUAUAAUGGAG